UUCUUCGGUUUGAUUGCAGAAUUUUGAGUGACGUAAGUUUUGGUGGAUGCGAGUGAAAGUCGGAGUGACGCGAUGGCGGAUGGAGAUGUCUCAUCGGCGUCGUACGGCGUUGAGGACAUGGAAUCCGACGAUGUCGGGUCUCCGGGUUCGGACGUCAUCGAGAAUCCCGAGGUCGUCUUGCAGGAGUCCCUCAAAAAAUUCCAGUCACCCGAUUUCAUCAUGGAACCUGCGGUUUUUGGUCAACUCAAAAAGGUUGCCUCCAGGUCAUCCAAAACAAUUCCGCUAUUUUCAUCAACAGCCGCCAAAGUGGCGGCCAAUGUGGCGGCUGUGAAGGGGGAUGUUGAUGAAAAUGGCGGAAAUGCCUUGGAUGGCGUGAAGGCAACCCUUGGAAAGAAGGUCAAGUUGAUUUCAAAAAUUCUGAGGGGAAAGCUGGGCUACAACAAAAAAAGGGCGCCUCAUCUUUUGAGUGGAGAGUAA